AUGACCUACGGCCUUAAACAAGUUGUGGGCGCCGCGGCCUUGUAUCGUGGUGAUGUCACGAAGAGGCCCGGCUUCUUCGGUACAAAGGUCCCACUUUUUGGCUUGCGUUGGCAUGAACUCGUACUUUGCUCCGGCGUGUUUGAGCCCGGGAAGUGGACCCUCGCUGAUGUCUGGGUCUACACGGUUGGUGCUCAUGCAGCUCACGCACUCGAUUUCUCAGCUGCGCUCCUGUGCUACUUGCUGUUCUAUGCUGAUGGCACUUGGUUGGUGGAAUGCAGGGACUUGCAGAUAGGCUGGGUGUCCAACAUCUUCCUCUACAACCUCGCGUGUGAAAUCUUGAUUUGUGGCUUCUGGCACUACUUCACGUAUGUGUCUGACAUGUACCAGACCUUCAAGAAGCAAGGCAUCAAGUUCAACCCCACCAACCAAUAUGAGCCCAGGACAGGAGAAGCACAUAUGCUCACCUCCGCCACCGGCCAGCUGGAAAGGGAAAUCACUUUCACAACCCUUGGAUGGCUGCAAUCUGCUGCAUGGCAGUGCCUCUUUAUGAACCUCUGGGCAAGGGGCGCCCUUCCGAUGUAUGCCAACUUCUUUGAAUACCCGGUGUACAGUCUCGUCUUACUUUGGUUGGUAGUCUAUUGGCGUGAGAUUCACUUCUACUGUGCUCACCGUGGCAUGCAUCCUUGGUGGGAUAGAGAGAAUGGGCUUCUUAGCGGUGACGUUGGUGCAUUUCUGUACCGGCACGUCCACUCCUUGCACCACAAGUCCUACAACCCGGGCCCCUGGAGUGGAUUGUCGAUGCAUCCAGUGGAGCAUCUCCUUUACUAUUCAUGUGCGACCCUGCCAGCAUUGUUUCUUACCGUCCACCCGCUUCAUUUCUUGUACACCAAGUUUCAUGCAGACAUCGCCCCAAUUGGUGGGCAUUCCGGCAUGGAUGAGCCCCUCGACGGCUCCGACUACCACUACCUUCACCAUGCCAAGUUUGAGUGCAACUAUGGCGUGCCGUUCCCCAUCAACCUUGAUAAGCUCUUUGGUACUUGGGUCGAUUGGCAAGUGUACAAAGAGACUGGCGAAGUGACUUCCAACGACUGGAGUAAACAACAGAUGCACGAGCCAGAUGACAAGCUAACACCCUUGCUUGCGGCUAGCAACAAGCAGAUGUCUCUGGCAGAAGUCGCGACGCAUUGCAAACCAGGAGAUUACUUCAUUGCUCUCUAUGGGCAAGUCAUUGAUGUGUCCAACUUCAUCUCUAAGCAUCCUGGUGGGGAGAAGAUUUUGCAGGCCAAUGCUGGGAAGGAUGUGACGCAGAAGUUUGAAA